AUGACUCUAGAAGCUAUCUGUUUAGUAGAACUUUCGCUCUCCCACGAGCUUAAUAUUGAUACAAUGACAUUUGCUUUUCUUCUAAUUAUCGUCAUUAUCGGUGUAUUCAUUUUGUGCAACUUGGGUCAAAUUGUGGAUAAUGCGUGUACAGAACUUGAGGAAGCAGCUACAGAAAAAUGGUAUGAUCAUGAUAUGAAAUAUAAGAAAAGCGUGCUUAUUUUCUACACCGCAGUCACUCAAGGAAUGCCCAUAUAUAUUUAUGGAUCUGUGACGCUGUCUUUAGAAACGUUUACUUGGUUCAUCAAAACAGGAAUGUCGUUUUACACUGUGGUGAGGUCAGUUUUAGAAAAUUGA